CUGCAAUAACCCUUUGGGAUAUUUCCGUAGCCAGAAGCACACCUUUACCGCGGUAGAUAUUGAUUUGCUGAAGGCAGAUCUUUGCAAAGAGUCGACGUACAUUGAAGACGAAAGGCACAUACAGUUAAUUUUUACACAGAAACAGUGAUCAUCUUUGUAUUGAAGCUGUAAGUUUAAUUUUCACGUACGUUUUGUGACAUGCGAUUUGAAUACCGAAAGCCCUCCUAAAUUUCUACAAAAGACUCCCCCCUCUUGUAAUCUUGAGUCUUUUUCAAUGACGUGGAAUAAAGUUGACUUGCAACUCGAAAGUAACAAAACUCAGAGUGCACAUUAUAAAUGUUUAUCUUACGAGCGAAAACCUUAGUUCAAGAUUGAUUCCGGGUUAGAGCCCAAUUUUUUUCUGCGUUUUCUCUGGUUCUAAUUUGUCAAAUUUGCCCGCUUUGGCCGCGCUCCUUUGUCAGUUGAUCAUCUUCGAUCGAGCCGUACGAAGUCUUAUCGGCAAUACGGAGCGAAAUAGAAAAAUUGCUGACUGAAGUAAUAUCGUAUGAACUUCGCAAGCGUCUGUUCACACGGGUUAAGAUAUAUUCAGCCCCCUUUGACACAUUUCAAAGUCCAUGCACCAUCCGUAUGCAACUUCAAGUGACCAGCUUGCUCAUAGUUUUAUGCUUUGGGCUGAAAACGCCGUGUUGAUAAAGAUAGAGUUAUAAUUGUUCUAUGAACAAGCGACAUAAUUUAUGUAUGUUGGUGGUUGAACUGUAUGAAAAGAGGUAAGAACGAAAAACACCUGCGGCGGAGAUGUACCUUAUAUACUCAUAUUGAUAUUUAACUUCCCAUAUUAAGAUUAAACAUUUAUAAACUGGACGCUUUUAAUGCCAUGAGCUUCUUUUAUUACUCUUUUUAUGCAGCCCUCUAAUUAUUUGCUUGUGUUUGGAAAACUUUAUUCAUUUCAAAUGUGCCGGAAGACUAACUGACCAGAUUGUACUUAUAAUAACGACAGAUGUUUUUUGUUUUUUCAUCUUCCAAAAAUAAUUUCCAUUUCUACUCUUAGCUUGUUAGUGCAUGUAAACCCACUUGGUGACACUUCUGCAACAUUUAUCUACAUAUCAUUUCGCUGACUAAUUAUUUUUCCAACGAAUACGCUUUUUUUCACCGCUAAAGCAUGAAUCCAAUGUAAACCCGGCAAUGUGGAAGCCUCUAAGACACGAAAGAUCAGAGAUCAAAUAGCCUGAACUUCUUUGAAAGGCUGAUUUUUAAUAAACAUAUAUUCUGAACCUCUUUCCUCUUUUUAUCUUAACGGCCUUCAAAUACGCAGAUUCCUGGGAGUCAAGCUAACGGCACUUCACAAGAACUUACUUUCAAAAACUCUUUAAUCAUUCGCAAUGAAAAAACAGAAGAAAUUAAUGUUUGAUGAGUGUUUUUAUAUCUGAUAAAGACACGGCUAAACUUUACGUCCAAUUUUUUUGGACCAAACUAACCCCAAAUCUAAAUAUUAGUGCAACUGACAAUGAGUUGAUCUAUAUCAGAGAUUUUGAAGCCGUUCAAAAAACUCGCAGUCGUGUAUUCAGCUGCAUGUGUAUCGUCAGGUUUAAAAACCCGAGGCGAAGGCGAGAUUUUUUAAACCUGAUAAUACACCUCUACUCGUUUUUUAAACAGUACUUUAAUAUCGUCGAUGGCUGACCAUGCACAACCUGACUUCCUGACCCUGAUGAUGAGUUUAGGUUGUCGAAAUGUCAGUCCUUGUCACCGAUACCCCUACUCAGGACUACAAUUAGCCCGCCUGACAAUUUUAUUUAAGCUACACUGUAGUCAGGUGAGUUUCAAUCCUGGUAAUGCCACUGAGGCUUAAUUCCAUUCUGAGCUGAAUAACUAAUAAUAUACUUUUUCUUUAUAGGAAAGAAAAUGCUUCAAUGCAAGGUCAUUUUGAUAAUUGUAAGCAUCAAAUUAAUCUGACAGCAUUAUGUUGAACCGAUAUCUCCUUAACAACAUAUAAAUAUCUGUUAAGACCUGUUAACGUUACUUUAAUGAACGUCAACAAAGUACAAGCAGGGGAGACCCAGAAUACUAAUGCCUGUGAAAUUAGGCACUCAGUUAUACAGCACUAACACUCGUAUCUUUUGUUCAGCCUUAAUUAGUGCAUAGUUCAUAGUUUUCAUGGCUGGAUCCAGAGAUUUCCAAAAAAGAGGAUCGUAACUGAGCUUUAGUUCUUUUCACAUCUCACUCCCCUUCUUCCAGUGACCGGAGAAUUCAAAUUAUUCGCUGUGUUAAUAUUUAUUGAUUACGUGUGCAGAUAUCAAGGCUCUAGGAAAACGUUGAUUUUUACAAUGUUCUUUAUUCGUUAUCUUUCUUACAAUUUUAACAUAUAAAACAAAAAUCCCAAUCAAAAAGUGGUUGUCGCUGUUUCGCCCUCUUACCCUCAUCCUUGAAUUUCACAUCUGGCAGUCAUUUUUAAGUUUCGAAUCUAUCAGUUCAUUUUCACAAUUCUUUCUCCUCCACAAUGGCCCCUUAGGCUAGUGAAAGGGGAGAAUAAACGGUGCGCCCUUUCGUCCACUGGGCUUUCUUUUCUUUUCUUUUUCUUUACUAUUUCGAUUUAAUUGGGCUAUACAGAGAGAGGUCACUUUUAAUACACUGAUGGUUUGCUGACUUGGAGUUAUAAACUCUUUCAGUUUAUUUGUACCAGCAUUCUCGAUUUCGUUCUCACCCACGAGCCGGGGAGGAGAGGCCAUGGUGGAGGUCAGCAUCGCCAAAGAGGGCAAACACGGAGAGGUGAGAAAAAUCUUUAAUGUCGCAACAAGAAAUCAUUAAACUUACGCAUAAAGCUGCUCUGUUUUAGUUGAAACAAUGAUUUUGAGUUACCAAAAUCACACAGUCCAUACCGUAUUUAAUGCUACCCUCAAAUAAACACCACAGAAAGGAGAGAAAUUAUUAACAAACGCCGCUCUCGAAUUAACACCGUAUUCAAUCAGACGAAUGCGGCGUUAAUUCGAGGAUUAUGUACUAUUGUCAAUAUUAACCUUGUUACACGAUGAGAAAGUUAUAACAGUAUUAGUGAUGUUACCAGCACUUCAGUUAAAUUCAUUAAGCGCUCUGCUAAACAAUCUGAUAUAUGGUCAGCUUCAGAGCAUUAAUACCUUUAAUGUCUGACGAGUUAGCAUCAUCAGUAAGUCUGGCAAGCACCAUUAUAUCAAAAAUAUUAAUGUCUUAUAUGUUAUUACUAGCUAUGGAGCAUUAAAGAGUAUGAUUUUCUUCAGUAUAUUUUAGCCUUCUCAGCACUUGUGUAUAACAAUAUUACGGUGUUUAUAUAUGUUAGUCUUAGCAGCUCUAAAGCAAUAAAGAGUACGAUUUUCUACAAUAUAUUUUAAUCAAAUCAGCACCUUUGUAUUACAAAUAUUAUUAGUGUCUUAUAUGUUAGUCUUACCAGCUCUAAAGCAAUUAAGAGUUGCUGGAGAGUUUGAUUGCCUCAAUUAUGUGGAGCUCGGAAUUGUUUGUAACAUUUCCGGUGUUAGAAUUCUCCUUCUUUCAAAUAUUAAAAGUCUUAGCAGCACGCGUCUAAUACGUUGGUCUCUACAAAUCUAGAGUAUCAGUCUUAUUAGUAACAGUGUACUGACAAUACAAUAGGGUUAAAAGCUGCAGUGUAUUACAAACAUGACCCGAGCCUGAUAUAUUAGUCGUAUUACCACUGCUUGUUAACAAUAUUAGUGUCAUAUGGAAAUCCGAGCUCCCUAACACCAGUAUAUUUAACAAUGGGCACCCAACGUAUUAGCAGUGUUAUAGUACCCCAUGUGUUAGUCCUACCAGUAGCAAUGUAUUACUAAUAUCAGUGCCAUAUGUAAUUCUUCCCGACACCUGUGAAAAGUUAGGCCCAGCGUAUUAGCGCGCAGUGUUAGUCCUACCCGAGUGUAAAUUAACAGAUUUAGCCUCUUUUAUAAAAAUCUUCCCAACACCUCGCCAGUUUGACCCAGCGUAUUAGCGCGCAGUAUUAGUAUUUUAUCGGUGUUAGUCCUUCCAGCACCAGUGUAAAUUAACAAUUUUAGCAUCUAAUACACAAGUAUUCCAACACCUGUAUAAUUAACAGCUAGACGGCCCAGCAUAUCAGCGCGCAGUAUAAGUGCCUUGCGUUAGUCCUACCAGAGCCAAUGUAUUAACAAUAUUAGUAUCUUAUAUGCAAGUCUUCUCCACACCAGUAUACUGAGUGUCUCAUGUGUUAUUCCUACCAGCAGCGAUGUAUUAGCAAUAUUAGUUUUCAGGUGUUAGCCUUACAUGCACCAAUGUAUUAACAAUAUUAGUAUCUUAUAUGCAAGUCUUCUCCACACCAGUAUACUGAGUGUCUCAUGUGUUAUUCCUACCAGCAGCGAUGUAUUAGCAAUAUUAGUUUUCAGGUGUUAGCCUUACAUGCACCAAUGUAUUAACAAUAUUAGUAUCUUAUAUGCAAGUCUUCUCCACACCAGUAUACUGAGUGUCUGAUGUGUUAUUCCUACCAGCAGCGAUGUAUUAGCAAUAUUAGUUUUCAGGUGUUAGCCUUACAUGCACCAAUGUAUUAACAAUAUUAGUAUCUUAUAUGCAAGUCUUCUCCACACCAGUAUACAGAGUGUCUCAUGUGUUAUUCUUACCAGCAGCAAUGUAUUAGCAAUAUUAGUGUUCAGGUGUUAGCCUUACAUGCACCAAUGUAUUAACAACAUUAGUGUCUGACAUCAAUCUUGCCUGCAUCACCACUUGAACAGCAUUACUAGUGUCUGAUGUGUUAGUCUUCUCAGCAGAGUUUAAGCAGUAGUGUAAUAAAAACAUUAACAUCAGUUGUGUUAUGCGUUAGUCGUCAGAUUAACAAUGGGCGAGCAGGGGCGCAUUAUAUCGGAGUCUUACCAUGAGCAAUAGUAUUAGCAUUAGCUUUAGACACUUAUCGCUAUAACAUCAGCAGUCCAAAUAUUUAUUAGCAUUAAGACAUUAUAAACUAGCGCUGCAUUGACACAGGAAUUCGCAUCGUCGUUAGUAUAAGAAUUAUGAACAUCGCCAUGACAUCUGAUAAGUAAUUAGCAUUAUUAAAGAUAGCUUUUAUAUCACCUGCACGAUUAACAGCGCCACUAUUCAAUCAUGAAUUGUUCAGUUAUAAUGGUGAGUCCUAAGUCCUCGUUUAUUCUGUACGAUCUAGCGUACUAUCGUCAGGAUGGAAAAGAAAAUAUUUGCGAGAUUGGAAUUUUUGUAAGAAACUUAUCUAAUCUAGAUUGCUACCUGAAUUAUCCGCAUACGGCGGUUGCCUCAACAUAUUCAGUGGGACUACGGUUUUGAAUCACAUUAGGAGCACUAUAAGAGUAAAUCUUGUUAUACUUAUGAGUAUUAACCUAUAUUGUAAAUUAUAGGCAUAAGCACAGGCAGGUUCAAUUAAUCAAUGUUGGCAUUCAAUUGAGUAUCAGCAUCAACUGAUAUCUACACCAGUAUUAGCAUCAAUAUUACCAUCAGCAUCAUAUUAAUGCAGUGAUCGGCACCAGCCUCGUUAUCGGUAAAGGUAAUAGCAUAAGAAUAAGCAUUAUAACCAGCAUAAGCACCACAUAAAUAACAUAAGCCAUGAGGGAUAAGUUAACAAUGGCGCUGAUCAGCCUUAAGGUCAUUUUGCAUUUAGCAAUCUGAUGGCACUGGCGCUGCAAGUUAAAAUGGCGUUAACACUUUGUCUUGCAAUGGAAGGGAAUACAGUGAAGAUGAAAGAAAAUGAACUGUUAGUACAGACGCCGGAAAUUUUAUAAACAGAGUUAACAGCAAAUGGCUUAUGUGGAGUCGAACAAAACUCAACUUAGAACAGCAUUCGCAUCUGGGUUAUAUGAGGGCCUAGCUGGGAUGUUAUCAACCUUUCUUCAUGACUGUUACAUGGAAGUUAGCGUUAAGUAUUAGAGUGGGUUUUGGGUACGUUUUGGUUACAAGAACUAAAAUGAGACAAAAGAAUAAGGCCGCUUACGAAAAACUGCCAUUGACGCACAGAACCUACAAGGUUCUUGUUCGCGAGUCUGACAUUUUGGAGUGAUGGUAUACUUAAUUGCUGAACAUGUCGAUUAUCUUGUCAUAUUAGUUGGAUUUACUUUUACGAUGAAAUUUUUACCGUUAACCGUUAACUGGCCUAAAGUUUAGCUAAGUUUUUAAUGUUAGCUGCUCUCAGAUACUGCUUAAUUAACACCCCAUCUUGGUUCACUUGUGUGGAGAAGAUCUAAUAGAUAAUUUACACUACAAGGCCACUUUAGAAAUGAAUGAAGUAUACAUGGACGUUAGCAAUGAUUUUAUUGAUAAUGAUCAGGUUAACAGCUUACGAUCAAUGAAGUGUCAACAAGCGAUUUAUAUGGAGGCAAUUGAAAGUAAGUGUAAGCUCUAUAUAGAUGUUGAUUAAGCAUGUUGGGCAAGCAUGAGUUAACAAGUCAUUUGUCGCUUUAGAUGCUUGAAGCCUUUUUGUUCAACUUACCGAGUUAGUUUCUUAGUAGUUAAAAAUAAUCAGUUCAGUUAUGAAGACCUUGAUAAAGGUAUGCGUCAACAUCAGUGAAUUACAACUGACUCGCUGAAUAAAAUAACUAGUAAAUUUUAAGUCACGUUCGAGUUAUUAAAAUUAUACUUGAAGUAUUUAAGAAAAGAGUCUAUUCAAUCAAGAUUGCCACUAUCCAGGUAACUGUGUCAUGAUCAUCUCUUUCCGCUCACUGUCGUCCCUCAUGGUGCCUCUGAGCUGAGUAACAGCCAUCUCACGCCUUUUCGCCGCUGUGUAGCGUUGUUACUUAAAUGUAAGUGUUGCUUUUCUGUAAUAACAAGCAGUGAUAUAAAAUCUCAAACUUUUAAAAUUAUAUUUGGUUAUCAACUACGUUUGAUAAUGAAUUUAGGUUAAAUAAAUGAAGAGCAAAUGCCGCGUUCGCCACGCCUCGUUCAUAAAGCACCUGUUAUAGCAAGCUAAAUACGUGGAGAAAUCCCAAACAGGGCGGGUCCUACUGAGUGACAAUGAAGAUCGAAUUUUCCCUCAAAGCCUGUCAUUUUAUAUAGCUAACUCUGACAUUUAACUCGUGCUGACUUGGAUCAUUUUUUACCAGUAGAAAUGAGCACUUUGAUGAAGAUAAGAUGCAUCAGUUCCAACAAUGCAAUACGACAUUUAUAAGCUGCCAUGAAAUGUACUAAGUGUAUUUGCGUUUUACUGAGCACCAACAGUUCAUUCAAGUGGACUAUUUUCUUGUUUUUCUUUAUUGUGUGCUAGUGCGUACUUGAACCGAACUGGCACCCAUUUAUAAUAUAGCGCUGUAUUUUUGUCGUUUAUCUAUGAAGCCAGGUAUGAACACAGAUCGAUGUGGGUUAAAAAAUAUUUUUUUAAAGUUUGCUGGCUUUCACCUAGUACUCACACGAUCCUGGUCUCCACGAUUGCAUUCAAAAAGAUGUCCGCUAGACAAACUGGUUAACCGCCUGUGAGUGGUAUUCACGCUUAAUUGACUGCUUACAGAGUAUCAUGGCCUUUUGAAUUCGCACUGUAACUCGUCUUGUUGUUUAACAACAAGCGGUUGAAAACCAGUGUUCAGUAGUUGACCAGUAGGCUGUACAUUACAGUUCAGCUCCUUGUCUCUCGGGUGCGAUGUCUGGCAGUCAUUCUGUUUUAUAAAGGAAACAAAAAACUGAAAUCGAUAUUUUUUAAUUCAAAAUAUCGCGAUAAACUUGUUUGAAAAGACCUGAAAAGCCAUUUAACAUAUACUUUUUCAUUUUCGGUAAAACUUCCAUUACUGAUACCUUUCACUGGUUUUGCCGGUUCUUCUGUGCUCUGGCGUUGUAACGCUUUUAGCCCAUACUUGACUUCUGGCUUCACUCCUGAAAUCCGGCUAGAGCGCUAGCUAACUAACGUGCUAGCACCAUCUUGCUGUUGAUUGAAAACAAAAGGUAAAUGGCAUCAGGAAUAUGUAAGGGCGUACUUAAAUUUAAAAGAAAAAUGCGUUUCAGUUUAAUAACUUACUAAGCUCUCAUAAGAUAGGUGACCCUCUCUGUAGAAGCUAGCUUAUCGCUUGGUAGAAGUUUUAAGAUGACCCAUUAUUACUCACAGUUUGUUUUACGCAACAUUUGUCAAUUGUAAACACGAGAUGAAAUCAUAUUUGAUGGUUUCCGCAUCUUGAGCUUUCAUUGGUUGCAGACUGAAAUAGUUGAUGUAGUCAACUAUUCACGCGUUGUUUUGCUCAUGGCUGUUUAAGUGGCGAUAGAGGUAAACAUAACAGGUAGUCGAGUCAUAUCUUUAAACAACCUUUAAAAAACUUGUUAUCAUGAAACUAGAGUAAAUAGCUAGAGCCCGUUCUGGCUCAGUCUCUAUCCCUAAGUUUUACUACCGAACUAAAGAAGACAAGCUUGCCGCCGUAACACCUUAGGUUAAAGUGGAAUACUACAUGUUCUCAGCUGUGUUUUUAAAAGCACUGAAGCUUAGUAUCUCACACACAAGCUUGGUUAGGCAGUCAUGCAGGUGACCUAUUAAGAGAACCCUCUAACUGUGUGAGAAAGUAUUAAAAUUUUAAUUAUGAAACAAAAUUUCAAUUUUGGGAGAUAAAAGACCAUUGUAGUAGCAUCUUUCUUUCUACCUCGACGAAGUGAUUUUAUUAAAUGUUUUUUAUAAUGUUAAGGACGAUCUUGUUGGAAAUUCAGUGUGGUUGAACCUCAGUUAGAACUGUUACUUAGCAAUGGCGAAAAAAGAUAAGUGCGUAAAUGUAAUUUCUUUAUCCUCGAAACACCUAUAGUCCACACUUGUUUCACAAGUGUUUGUACUUUUUAAUUCUACAUCAAACUGGAAUUUGUAAAGUGUUUUUGUUUCCUCAGGAGAGGGGGAAAACGAAGUUUCCCCGACAUCAUGAUCAAACUCAACCCAUGAAUGGCGUUGUCGCAAGAGAGAAUGAUCUAAGAGCUUAGCUCAUUCUCUCUUGCGUUGCCUCGAGCCUGUCGUUGUAACAGCUCUCCUCUCUACGCGUAGUAUCCCACGCAGACGUUCGUAUUUCCUUCCCUAAACACCCUUGUGUGUGGAGGCUUAGCUCUACGCGCAAAUAGAUUAAACCAUUCCAGUCAGCUCCCCACCGGAAUUUAGCUCCCACGUGUUAUUCUUGAACUUCAUGGGAUACAGAGUCAUUUGGCACCAGUGAAAACUUUAUUCACCCAAAAGUUCAAAUUUGAUAAUAUUUUCGAAAUCACAAGCUAUUCACUUCAUCCAAAUCGCUCGUAUAUAGAAUAGUUUGCGUAAUUGUAGAGCACUGAUAUAUACUUAACCGGCGACCAUGCCAAUACGUAACCCGCCCCCCCCCCCCCGGGGGAGGGGUACUCUCUUACAAGAGGCUAAUGGGCAUGUUUCGCUGAUGGGGCCGCAUUUUCACGACUGGAGUGACUAUAAUGAGGUUCCAUUUUCAAGAGAGUUCAGUACUAGAAAGGGGUCGCAAAUUUUCCGAUUUGGGGGGUAAUUAGGGAUUCAAAAAUGGGAAAAUUCUCGGUUAAAAAAUAUCAGAAAGUUGUUGUUUAUUAAAUUUAACAAUAAGCUCGCAAUGACCGUAUUACAUUCCGCCGCUUGAAACCACAUUGAUAAGGUAAAUGGUAAAUGGUAAAUGGUAAUAAAUACAAAGUGACUAAGUUGGGAUCGCGAAAAUUACAUUUUCCAAAAAUUGCCUAAGAUGUGGUCUAUAAUUGGCCAAAAUAUAGACUAUAAUGGGGUAGCGGCUCUGAGAGGCCAGCGGCACAUACCCAGCAAACAUUAACCCAAGUAACCCCCCCAACCCCCGCCCCCGCGUACGUAAGCUACGACCAUGUUACAUCAGUUCGCUGAGCAUAAACAGCCGAUAGCAAAUUCAACGUAACGGAAGCCUAGUCUGCAUACAGACAUUGAUGUGACACUCAAUGAGGUAAAGUGAAAUUCCGUGGACCUUUCCUUUGGGAACAUCUCUACCUUGAUGAAGACGAGUACUACCAACUUAACUAACGUUUAAGUAAUUUGUAUUUGCACAUCAUUGUAUUACGUUUCGUAUUUUCUCUAUAGAAAAACACAUCACUUUUAACAAUUUUUACACUGGCCAUUGGUUCUUUAUAGAAAACUUCGCACACACUGUAUGCCAUCUGCAUGUUUGAGGCUACUACUCUCAUAACAGAACUCCAGCUUAACUGGUAUCGUUCUAAUGUUUCACAAAAACAAAUGUUUUAGGAGCUCAUGGUGGCCAACAACAGCAUGGACCACAUUCAGAUCAUGAUGGGAGAUCUCCUCCGAGUGCAGGUGAGUCCCCAGCACCUGUACCUCCAACGGGAAGAUAUCCUGGCAGCUCACAGUCUGUUACAUCCAGAGAACCUGAUACGGGCCAAGCUAUGUCUUGUAAAUAAUAAAAAGUCGAAAUCGUUAACAUUGUCCUCCCCCUGUGCGAAUUCGUAAUAAACAUUGAAUGUACCAUUAGUGUCACGUCUUUGCCAUUAAGUGAAACUUUUGCAGAUAAAUUCGAGCCGCUGACACCUCCCAAGACUUGUAAAUAAGGUUAGGUUGCUGAUUACAGUCGCCUAAUUUUUCGUGAUAUCAUCGAGAUCGAAUGCUUGCUUUAAUGGGUGACAAUCUACCGAGGGCAUGGGCGUCGGGUUUAUAACGGUGUGAUGAGUUUCUCGCCUCCUCUUAGCCCUUCCCCCUUCUUUCUAGGAAGAUUUGAAACCAAGAUGCCAAGGUAAAAAUGAUAGCCUAAGUAAAUGCAAAAACGGAAAAUGAACUCAGGACAGCCACUAACCAUCACUAACCGAGAGAGGGAAUGGAAUAAAAGCUAAUAAAGGGCUUCCAUUAUUAGGUAUUAGGGACCUUAUGAAACUAGGACGGCAACGGCAACGGCAAGGAAAACGUCAAAAAAGAAACAGGUUUAAUGGACAAAACAACAACUCUCAAAUGUGAAUCACUGACCCUUUUCUGUCAAUUUCUUUGCUGUCCCUGCACAACUGCGACUUCAUUAGUGAAAUGGCCACAUUUGAAGUCCUCUUAAGACCAUGAACGGUACGGUGAUAAAUUUUGCUGUAUCUGUUUGAGCUCGGAAUCAGACGUCUCUCUUCAGCUACAGCUUCACUAAUUUCCCAACUUUUAAAAAACUGGGUGAGUUGGAAGGUCUUGGAUUAACUGCGAAAAAAUCUAUAAGGACAUUGUGUGAGUUUUUCAGUGAAGCUUACUGUGGCGUCGUCUUUGUAAUAUUGUAAGGUCCCUAUAACUAACUGAAUAUCCCUAUUACAGACGUUUUUCGGUUUGAUAAUUAAGAUAAUUAAGUUCAACUAUGUCUUGAACCUAAAGGCCCAGCGUGUCCAAGAUGUCUGCUGGAGAGAGAAUCAGCGCGGUUGACAGUUUCUAGAUGGAAAAACGUCACCUCGUUCGUUCCACGCUGUGGACUGGAUAACAUUUUCAGAUGUCACCAGAAGUGGUCAGUAGUUGGAUUAUCUUGGCAGAGUAACGCUGAAGGACGUGUAAUGGAAGAAACAAUAACCAAGGGCAAGUUGAUGAACUGUUCAGGUAAGAUAAUCCGGUAACCCCUUGCCAUGCAAGCCGGAUGAAGCUGAUUUACGUAAAUAGCUAAGGCAACAAACAAUACAGAUAUGAAACAAUAUAAACACCCUUUAAAGUAGAGGCGUAGCCAGCUUUUCGUCUAGUCGUAGGCCUGGCCGACUUUCAUAUCCUGAAAAUUGCACGCAUGACUAGUAUACACUGACCUUGCCAACACUCUGAGCUCGUAAGUUUUUUAGCUCACCCCAACAACGUAUAAUUUAUUACAUGCGGUCAGGAGCAAGCGGUAGAGGCGGAUCAAACCGAAAAUUUGUAGACACCGUCCUACAGGUCUAUGGGCUAGCUAUACGCCCCUGCCUUAAAAUAACAGUAACAGUAAGAGGCUGUGUCACGGUUUUCUAGUCUAGCUCAGUUUGUUGAUGCCAAUUACGCUUCUUUAUUCUAUUUAUUCCAAGAGAAAUGAAUAUUUUUUGGUAAAUUGCAAUGAACGGCUUAUUCUUGGCAAGCUGCAAAUAUUACCGAAGUAGAACCACUCAAUACGAUAAAUGUCACGUGAUAAAAAUAAACAUUUUGCUUUUAACAAAGCCAACAAACUAUUAGGUGCAGUGAACCAGGACUUGAACGGAUCUUGGUAUUAAGAAAAAAAAAACUUGAGGAAACUUGACAAAUUAAGCCUAAUAAAUUUAGCGGAAUUCAACCCAUGUGACACGUUUCUCAAAAUUUCCAGAAGAAUCAAGAACUGAAGGAGAACGAGAAACCAUCAUGCAAAGGAUUAAUAGAUUGAUCGCAAUCUGCAUUUAUGGUGAUGUUGGCAACGAAAGCACGAGUGCUGAAGGCAAAAAUCAAGAUUUCAGUGAUACUGAUGACUUCAUUAACGCCGACGAUGAUGAUGACGAUGAUGAUGACGAUAGUGACAUCAUGGAUGAUGGUGAUGACGAUGGCUCCAACGAUGGCAGUGGUAUUAGUGACAACGAUGAUGACAAUAUUGGUGCUGAUGAUCGUCACUUUGGACACGAACCUGGACAUAGCCACUGUCGUCGUAGACGACGUCAUCGCCAUAACUUUUCUCAACUGCACUGGAUCCAACAACCAGACCUGUACGAAGAGUUUGAAUUCAACCCAACUUCAGGUAAUGGUCUUUUCGAAACAUGUACCAACGAGCAAUGACUAAGAGAGAGAAACUAUAAAAAGCUAUUUUCUCCAGCUCGACAUUUAGUCAUGUCUUUCUUGGCCUUGCUUAGAAUUUUUAGCAUAAAUUUUGACUCCAUCGAAACAUGUACCAACGAGCAAUGACUAAGAGAGAGAAACUAUAAAAAGCUAUUUUCUCCAGCUCGACAUUUAGUCAUGUCUUUCUUGGCCUUGCUUAGAAUUUUUAGCAUAAAUUUUGACUCCAUGAAUCAAUUAAAAGGCUCUAGUAGAAAUAACGGUUUUUUAAGCGCGCCAUGACUGCGCUUAGUUGCCUUUAUCUCCUUUUACAUGGGUGAUUUUCUCGCGCGAUAAGAGCUACAAUAUUUUGCGCGAUUUCAAAUCGCCUGUGUAAACUAGCGACAAUGUGAUUGACAUUUCCUAAUCUUUAAGUUUACUGUAAUCUUUAAUGCUUUCCUUGUUUGUCUUACAUUAUGAUCAAGAAGAAGGUCUCCUUAUUUCCUUAAAAACUAUUUUUAUACUAAUUGGAACUAGUACGUAGCUUUCCAAAGAUAAACGUUUGUCAUGGACCUGAGAUAUAAAAGAGUAUGAGAUAUAAAGAAUAUGAGCCAAACCUUAAUUUCAAUACAUGCGUAUUUAUUUAUUUUCUUGUAUUUAUUUACUUAGUUUGUCCAAAAAAUCAACCCAUGCAGUCAAAUUGUAAUCCGAACUUCUGUCAGCUUGUAAAAUGUGGAGAAGGGGACAGCUGCAGAAUCAACCCGUGUGGUACGUGCCGACCAGAGUGUUAUGACGCCAAAGGAAACAGAGCAGUAUCUCCAAGAGGUCAGCUACUAUUGUUUUUAUUUUAUUUUACUUUAUUCUGACAAAGCAAAAGGAGAAAGAUUUGCUCCACAAUUCACGUCAUCCCACGACUUCUACACUGAAUUCAUCCCACCAGUUACGUGCUUAUUCUAAUACUUUUAUUUUGUGUUUAAAUUGAACGGGAGUGUCAUUAAGAUUCAGCACUGUUUGAAUAGCCUGUAGCCCCCGUCGAGCGUGCCUCAGGCUCAUCAUAUUUUCUUCGUGCUCGCCUGAAAAACGCGAAAACUGUUCAACCCCCGGGGGGGGGGACCCCCAUGUAAAAGUGACGGGGAUGCUCGGCAGAAAUUCAAAUUAAACCUCUAAGGGAGACCAAUGUGGGUGUGGCUCAAGCUCAAACUGACCCUUAAGGAAGAUUUCUGUGUGGUCAGUGUCAGGGCAAUUUUUGAAAAUUUCUUUUCCGCAGUACUAAACGAUACCUGAAUAGGCAAACUAAUAUAGUAACUUUCCAUCCCAAAAACCGUAAGUGAGACCAAAAUCUGCAAUUUACACCCCAAAGCGAGACGACGAGCUUCCCCGUCGGUUUAUAUAGAAGCCCCCCCCCCCCGGCUUUAAACAUCCAAAAAAAGUAGCUACAAGAAAUUUGAUAGCUCGAUCGCAUCUCAACAAUCGGUGAAAAAUGAAUUGUGCUUUUCUUAGGUUUUUCAGAACAGCAUUUCGUGAUUAAACUUCAUGAGCCUUCCACAAUGUUAGUUCAGUAUAAACAAAAUCCUUGAAAUAUUCUAGAGCGACUUCCUCUUUCACAUUAAACGAUCAAAAGCUGACCUCUAUUUUUACACGUGUUUCAGCGCUUACAAAGUGCGAACAUAAACAACUGGAAAUGAAAAACAAGCCUUGUGAUAAAAUAAAAUUUGUGCCGAGGUGCAACAAAGAUGGUAGCUUUGCCGAGGUCCAGUGCCUCCCUGCGACAAGGAUGUGUUGGUGUGUCGACGAGCACGGUCGAGAGCAGAAUGGAACUAGACAGAGAAAAAAGCCAACAACUUGCCAAGUCUCCGGACAAGGUAAUUUACCUUCGUUUACAACUAUUGUGUGGGCGCAAAAAUUUGUUUUGGUCGGCGGGGGGAGCCCUGAAGAAUCCUUUCGGUUUUCGCGCCUGCACUCACUUUGAGCAGCGGAAAUCCAAUGAGACGUACCUCAAUGAACCUUCGCGGAGGAGAGAGAUUUUGAAUAUACAGCUAUUUCGAGAGAGGUUGUCGGAAAAAAUGUGCACGUGAAAAUUCCAAAAGGUAAUAUGGGAUAUGAUCAAUACACUGUUCCUGACGCUGUAGCUGUCGAACCCGACUUUUCUUACUUUCCUUUAGCACUCGCAAACAUACAACCAUGGCCUCUCGUGUCAUUCAUUCAAUUUCUCUGAAAAACAGUUAACUCAAAACCACUCACAAUACCUUUCGGGAUUGUCGCGUUCACUUUUUUCGACAACCUUUCUCGAAAUAGCUGUACCUCCGCGGAGGUUCAUUGAGGUACCUGUUAUUGUAUUUCCGCUGCUCAAAGUGAGUGCAGGCGCGAAAACCGAAAGAUUCUUCAGGGCUACCCCGCCGCCUCCUGACAAAUUUUUGCGUCCUCAAUCACUCUCUUCUUGCCCCGGCCUUUGAGCCUCUGUGGAGUGAUUCAAAGUUUAGUAUGAACAGCAGUAUGAAAAUCAGGUGUUUUUAAAAAUUGCGCUUGGUUUCCUAGUGCUUCAUGCAGUAAGUAGCUAAUUAGCUCAGUGCACAAAACUGGCCUUUUUUUUUUUACUGUUCGCAAAUCAAAUAUAUCUAUCAAACUUUGUCUCUCUUUAUUUUCUGUGGAUCUAGUUGCUAUCAAUUUUUUUCUCAGUUCAGUGAAUUUAAUUAAACUCAACUGCACUUCGCAGCUGUUCAUUAGUCGCAGCAUACUAUGAAGCCUCCAACUCUACUCAAAUGAAACAGUUAACUUGUUCAGUUAACUUGUUAGAAGUCUCCCUAGUAACGUAUAUAGGACAUUUAGUACCUUUAGUUCCAAAUAGUAUCUCUGUUUUCCUCUCUUGUGAUUUACUGGUGAUUUGAAUAAUUGCUUAUUUUAGUUCUGACGGAAUGUCAGUCAGCCCAGCUCAACAUUGAAAACAUACAGAAACAUCUAAACAAGAUGGCCUCCAAGUGCAAUGCAACAGCAAACAACUUGAAAUAUGAAGCUAAAAAUGCAACUCAGUGGAUGCAGGAACGUCCUGCGGCUCACAGGUCGAGAAGUCUGACGAUGGAAUAUCAAACUCUACGUAAGGAAGUCUGGGGCAUGUUAGCCAGACGUGCAGAGAAAAUGGUAAGAGAUUUGACCAUGCCGAAAUGUGCAUCAGACGGAAGUUUCGAAAGUAUGCAGUGUGGUUCGUUUGAGAACAAAUGUUGGUGCGUGGAUGAAAAUGGAAGGAAGAGAGGUCCGGUGAAAUCAAGGAAUAAGUUAAACUGUUCAAGGUCUGAAGGUAAGACGAAAGGUAGAAACUCUUGGAAAAAUAUCGUUACUUUUAAGAAGUAUCAUUGGCACAUCGCACUUCUCUUAACGACCUUCAUGCGCGCCUUUCAAAAUUGCAUCAAGUUCGUCGCUUUACUAGGAACAGUUUGAGCUUCUCCCGACGCUCCCCCCCUCUUCCGUUUCACAUACCCUUGGAAUUUAAAAAGGAGUAAGCCUUUUUUAUACUCGAGGGUCUACCCUCAGAUUCAAAAUAAAACAAAGCAAAAACCCUACAGUAACACAUGAUUUUUAUAUAUACCAAUUACGUGUGCCAAAGGAAUUUUACGUUUGUUUUUUAAGUUUGCAUGGGUGAGUUUUAGAAAGAUCUACGUCCUCACGGCGAGUUUCAGUAAAAACUUCGAGUAAAUUACUGACAUAAAUGUCCUUCCAUCUAUUAGCCAGCCCAAUCGAUUUUGGGAUGCAACUUUCCCUCCAAGUAUAAGCCUAGAUGAUUUUUGUAAAGCAAAUUUCCGUGCGUAUAUAUUCAGCCCUUCCAAAAAUUAAAGCCCCUCAAAAAGGGCCAAUGAAAAAUAUAAGCCUAGGGGCUUAUUUUCGGAAUUUUACUGUAAUUUAUGAACUGGUUCUGAUUCUAAUAAAUGUUCAAAUCCAAUCUCAAAAAAGGGGAUCAAAAUUAUUAUAUAUUGUUGGUAAAAAAUUCGACACGACUUCAGUUGGGAUGAGCUUGCAAAGACUUUUCUCCAAUAGAACGUUACAAUAGGGAAUGCUUUUUUCCUGUAUCUAUUUUUUUUCUAUACAGGACAAUCAAGCCCUUGCAGAAACAAUCGUGAUUGUCCACACUCAAAAGUAUGCUGUAAAACCAGGCGUGGUAGAGGAGAGUGUGUGGACAUACGUUCAAGAGGGCGAGAAGGUAAAGUUAUUGAGUUAACAAUCAAAUUAGCUGUUUCACGAAUAGACGGGUCAAAUUUUCCACGGAUUGUUUUACAAAAUAGCGUCAGGUAAAGAACCGGAAAGUCAAAAUUAUGUCUUUAAUUGGCCAAAUUAGUUCCGCUCACGUGCAAGUGUUUUAGAUUCGAGGAAGAGAACAACAACGUAGACGAGAUUUGACUUUUUUUCGCGUAUUCUUAACGACCGUAAAGGUUUACUGUCCUUUUUUUACCAGAAAAUUCAGCACGGUUAUUUUUGUUGAGGGAGUUUAAGCCUUCUCCCGAUGGCAUAAUGAUAAGCCUUCUAACGUCUCGCAUUGCGAUACUCUCCGCCAAAACCCGUUUUCCCGCCAAAAUGACGCUCUUGUUCAGCGCGCGUUCUUCUUAGUAUUAAGAAAAUCUUGUCCUCUUGAAGUCGUCUUAUUGUCUUAGAAUAUUAAGUUCUCUAUUAUAAAGAUAUCACUGAAGGAAGAUUCUUUUUAAAGUAAAAUCAGGAAAAUGUCCUUCCAUACCACCCUCCGUCAACUUCACCUGCGGAUCCCAGUGCAAGUCUGAUACAGACUGCAGAGGAAAUAAGAAGUGCUGUAGACUUGGAUGCGGAAACCGAUGCCUACCUCCUAACAUGCCAGGUAAAAGUCAACGUGUUCGUAAACAUAAUUUUAAAGAUCCCAUAGAAAAAUAAAUCUACCGGAAAAACAUUUCCCCGAAACCUCUUAGUCUUCUUCAACAGAUUUUGUAACAGAUUAUUGAUAACCUGACCUUGUAAAUGGCGGUUUCGGUUGGAGUUGGCGAGCGGCAAAGCCACGAGAAGAAGUAGGUGGGAAAAGAAGGGAAAUUGAAAAGGAAUAUGAUUACAAUGAAUUAAAGUGUUCUUUUUGCAAAAUUAGCAUUCCGUGAAUUCGCAAACGACGUCUCGGUCCACCUUUAGCUUUAUAUACAGUACACAAUUCCCCAAAAUUAUUUUACUUACAUUCGUUUCAUUUUUUUCUAAUAACAGUGUGUCCAAGGGAAAAGCCAUUCAAGAUGUGUAUCUACGACAAAUGUCUGUCGUCCCCAGGUUGCGCGAGCCAUCCCUCAGCCCAAUGCCGUAUGAAUUACUGCGGGGAAUGCACUGCCGAAUAUUUUGAUGAAAAUGGCCGUAAAGUAGACUGCACUAACGGUAAGAUAAAAAAUAGUGGAGAGUGCUCUAAGCGUAUCACGCUAGUUUUUAGGUACUCCACUCAAAAACGUAGGAACAAAUAAUUCAGAUAUAACAUAACUGUAUUAAAGACCCCAACUGGCAGGCGGCAAGGGCCUUGGCUAAUUAUAUUUACAAGCGUGGUCGAAGUUUUGAACUCGGGAUGGCCGAGAACACAGCCCCUCCCUCUCAAAUACGUCCCCCGUCUCUAUUACCCCCCCCCCGCCUUCUAAACGUGUUUGAAAUAAAUAGAGAAUGUACGGUAUUCUCAAAGGAACAUAAUUUCAACCAAAAUUAAAGCAUUACUACGGUAUUAAAUCAAAUUCUCUUAGACACGUGAAUGAUCAUAUGAAUAUACUUAACAUCCGCUUCUCAAAUUCACUUACAGCAACCAAGUGUCAAAACCAGAGAUAUGAAGCGAUUGAAAGGUAUAAGAGAAAGUUUCUUCAGGUCUUCAACACUUUCCCAUCACACCUCCCAGGAGCUUUACACAACACGUCUAGAAAUAGCGAAGGAAACAUAGAAAGUCAAGGUGAGACUAGGGGCGGAGGCCACAGUGAAGCGCAGCGCAGAGGGCAAGGCAGUAGAUCUUAUGACAGUCAGCAUAAAGGACGUCGUAGCGGCGGCGAUCGCGCUGGAGGAAGUGAAAGAAAUGGUCAAAGGAGACAGGCUGGAGCCCAGUGGAGAGGAAUGAGAGGGCAAAGAGAGGGGAACUAUUCUGCAGAGAGAAACCGUAAUGGUGGCCCACAAAGAAAUCGGGAAAGGUAUUGGCUUAAGUACAGUCCAGACAACAACUAGUUUUCUUCAUUCCCUUAUUAAUGAUAAACUGAAAGGAUUUUAUCAUUUUAUGAUGUUUUUCUUUACUUUCCACUUCUUAUUAUUACUAUUCUAUACCACUUUUCAAAAAUCGUCAUUGUCCUUUAAUUCCAUAGUAUAACUGUAUGUUUAAUAUCUCCGUGUAUACGAAUUAUCAUGAUCGUUUCACCAUUUUUUUAGCAUCUCAUUUUACAAUUUAUUUUUUAAUUGCUCCUACAGCCAACGGACACAUCUUGGCAUCUUCAUACCCGAGUGUCAUCCAGAAGAUGGAUCCUUCCUUUCCGAGCAGUGUAACGUCACUUCCGGUGAAUGCUGGUGUGUGGACAAUAAUGGCGAUGAGAAACCUAAUACGCGUGCGCAAGUUCAGAGGGCAACAAGGAAUUGUAGUGAUGCAAGUAAAGGUGAUGCCAAUCUGAAUCGUAUGUUUUUGAAAUGACCUCCUUUGGUCUAUACCUGUUUCCAAACAUUGCCUAUAGUUUAAUUCCCUAAUUCAAUUAAUUGUGAUACACUGUACCAACUUUUUGUAACCCAGGUAAGCGUCCAGUAGAGAUCAAAGCUCAUGGAGAAAAGAAACGGUAAGGUCUCGUAAAAGGAGAUAGAUUCCUCUAGGCUUUAAAAUGCAGAAGAAUUUUUAUUUUUGGUGUAUUUUUCUUAACUUGCGUUCGUUUUAAUUUUUGAUUAUUCCGCCUUACUUUACAGCGUGGCAAGAUUAUCGUUUAGCUUAACAGGGAACUUUGAUGAUUUGAAAGGGAAAGAGGAGCAGUUUAUCGAGUAAGCAAAUUUCUGACUUAACCAACGUUCAAUACGUUUGUCUUGAUGGGAAGUAAAACAGGUUCUUACAUAAAUGAUAAUUAGCACAAAUUUAAGCUAUUCAUUAGGUUCUUAAAAAGGUUGUUAUUUUCUGAAGAAAAAAAAAUACAUUAUAACCAAGAGUAUUUACUUGUAUUCAGCUCAUUCCUCAUGUAAAACCUGCAUAACAUUACAUGGAAGUUGGAGUGAUAAAGCGCCUAUCCCUCCAAAGAUUAGAGGAUCCUGAAUGUUAACUUCUCUUUUUUGCCCAAGUAUAUGCAGAAUAUUUUUUGAUAGAUUUUAGAAAAUAACAACCCGUUUCAAUUUUAGGGUAAACACUUCUUGUAUAGAGGGGGCGUACUAACUGGCAAAUUUUAUCCUAACACGUUCUUAAAAAACAGGU